ACCUCGAUUUCUACACUGGGAACACCUACAAACCAGUUGUGUAUCGCCAUCUACGGUACUUGUCUGUACACUUUAGCUCUUCGCACAUCAGAAUGCGCAGAAAUGGCGGCAGAGUGAUUCGUGCCACUUGCUGCGUCGUCAUCGUGUGCAUCACACUGGAGCUAUACCUGCUGCUGCCCGCCUCUCUGGUCUGCCUUUCACCUAAAUCGGAACACGACCGUCGCCUCAAAGCAACACCGACUCAAAGGAAGGCCUCGGCGCUUGUUGGUGACGUCAUGUCAACUAGGCACGGCGAACGCCAGGUAUCGGCACCGGAGAAGUACCGCGUGCGGCAGUUCGUGUCGGUGGGCGACCGCUGGCAGCAGCUGGCUGCGUCAGCGGGGGACUGGGCCACGUGCCUGGCGCUGCACGCGUCGCUGUCGCACGUGCACCACGUGGGGCGCCAGGCCCGCUUCUGGAGUGGGCCCCUCUCCGUCGCGCUCUUCGCCGCCGGGGACGACGUCCGCCUGCUGCUCGCCUACGUCACGUUCCUCAGGCGCUGUAGGCAACACGUGCGGGACCGGGUGAGUUUCCACUUGCUGUGGCCUUCGGAGCAGCCACCCAACGAUACUGUUGCCGAGGAGUGGGACAAGCUGGAGGGAGCGGACUGCGGGCAGGAUGAAGAGCAGGUGUUGCAGCGACUUCUGCAGCUCCAGGCGCACCCUGUGGGGGAGCAGCUGUCGUACCCGCAGAACCUGGCCAGGAACACGGCCAGGCUCGCCUGCCCCACCAGGCUCACGCUCUGCCCAGACGCUGACAUGCUGUCCCCUGCAGGCUUCGAUGUCCACGCUGCACUCGCGGAGCUGUUCAGCCGCCAGCCACCCUGUACCAGGUGCGCGUACGUGCUGCCGGUAUUCGAGAUGGACUCGAGGCAGAAGCACGUGCCGAGGGACAAGACUGAGCUGCGGCAACUGGCGCUGAGCCAGCAGGUCCGCCCCUACCACUGGACAGUGUACAGGCGCAACCAGAGGUGCGUGCAGCCCGCACGCUGGCUCUUCCACGAAUCGAAUGCCUCUCAGCUUAACAUCGCAUACGAGAUGCCGUACGAGUGGAAGGCCGAACCAGUAUUUGUCGCAACCAGCGAAGAUCUUCCCCUCUUCGAUGAGACGUUCGUCGGCUACGGAUUCACCAGAAACACACAGGCCUACGAGAUGUUCGCUUCUGGUUGGCGGUUCUUCGUCCUCGACAACGCCUUCCUGGUACACUUCGGCUUCCAGUCCACGAAGCAGCGGCCGAAAUGGCGACAGAGGCAGAUGGCAGACAACUACGGCCUGCUGAGGAAGUGGGCGCACCGCGUCGCCGUCCAUGGCGGCUCAGACCCUCUCCGUCUGGCUCGCAGUAACAGAGAACGAGUGACGAGUACGACGCGACCGAAGUACCUGUGUUGUGGCGGGGGAGAAGUCUGCUGUAACGGCGGCGCCUUCAUUCGUAAAGUACGCGACCCGAACAUGAGGCACGUGCCCGCCGUGUCUCCGGUCUACAUGAAGUACGUCGCUGUCCGCCACUUCUCAGCGUCUGGUGACCCUUUCUACGAUGUUAACUGGAAGGCUCAGAAGAGUCCUCCCUGCUCGGCGUCGCAUCGUCAGUCGCGCACGUCGCAGACGCUACAGCCGUGCUCUGAGUGCGGCAGCGAGCGUGCGAGAAGGCGAUGCCCGCUUUGUGCUGCGUCGUGUUGGGCGUAAGGCAAAUGUGGCCAGGUGGCUGUCGUGUGUCAACAGGCGGCCUGCCAGCAGCAGGAAGGGCAGCACUGUGGCCCACUCCAUCACGGCUGCAGCGCCGGUAGUUUUCCUGCUGCCACGGAAACUCACUUUGGGCAGGCUGUGGAAUCAAGACGGACGAUGGCGCUGCCGUGUAUUAACCUAGGAGAACACACACUGCCAGCCUCCACUGCAACGGUUUCGGCAGCCAAUCCUAUUGUAACGGUAUUUUUAAAUUGUUAUUUGCUUGUUGUUGUUUUGUAUGCAAAUUGCUUUCCAGUUCUUUAACUUUCGUAUGCGUCUAUGUUGUAAUGUGACCUGAACAAUGCAAGUAGUGCGUUUAAGUAAACACUAUCUGAUAAAAAGAGCCACCAAAUCCUUGUGAAACUGUACAGCUGUACGCCAUUAACUUUUACGAGAAAAUAAUUAAAACCCUAAAACAGUAUAUUAAAGAA